CCCUUCCCUCCUGGCCGCCGCCGUGUCUCUCCCUGCUCCCCUCACCGCACGGGCGGUGCGCGCGGCGGUGCCGGUUCGGUGCCUAAGAUGGCGUCUAUCAUGGAGGGCCCGCUGAGCAAAUGGACCAAUGUAAUGAAGGGCUGGCAGUACCGCUGGUUCGUGCUGGACUACAACGCCGGGCUCCUCUCCUACUACACGUCAAAAGACAAAAUGAUGAGAGGAUCACGCCGAGGAUGUGUUAGGCUGAGAGGAGCUGUGAUUGGUAUAGACGAUGAGGACGACAGCACCUUCACAAUAACUGUUGAUCAGAAAACCUUCCAUUUUCAGGCUCGAGAUGCUGAUGAGAGGGAGAAGUGGAUCCAUGCUUUAGAGGACACCAUUCUCCGCCAUACCCUCCAGCUGCAGGGUGUGGAUUCAGGGUUUGUUCCCAGCGUUCAUGAUUUUGAUAAGAAACUUACUGAGGCUGAUGCUUACUUACAGAUCUUGAUAGACCAGCUGAAGCUCUUUGAUGAAAAACUCCAGAACUGCAAAGAUGAUGAACAGAGAAAAAAAAUUGAAAGUCUGAAAGAAACCACCAGUAGCAUGGUAGAAUCAAUAAAACACUGCAUUGUCUUGCUACAGAUUGCGAAAGACCAAAAUAAUGAGGAGAAGCACGCAGAUGGACUUAUAAGUACUAUAAACCCAGUCGAUGCAGUGUAUCAGCCCAGCCCUUUGGAACAGCCGGUGAUCAGUGCAAUGCCUUCCCACACUGUUAUACCUCCAGAACCUCAGCUGUGCAAGUCAGAGCAGCGACCCUCAUCCUUACCAGUGGGACCUGUAGUAGCAGCGCUUGGAAAUCAGACUCCAACACCAAACAGUACAGGAAGCGGGCAGUCAGCACCCAGCAGCAGCCUCACAUCUCCAAGCCAUGUCAACCUGUCUCCAAACACAGUGCCGGAUUUUUCUUACUCAAGCAGUGAGGAUGAAUUCUAUGAUGCUGACGAAUUCUAUCAGAGCAGUUCUUCCCCAAAGAGAUGUAUGGAUUCUUCAGGAUCUGCUGCAGUCCUGACUCGCAGCAGCACAGGGAGUAGUUUGAAACGUCCAGAUACCACAGAGUCACUCAAUUCUUCCAUGUCCAAUGGGACAAACGAUGCUGAUCUCUUCGAUCCUCCUGAUGACAGAGAUGAUGAUGCAGAAGGAGAAUCAGUGGAAGAACAUAAGAGUGUUAUCAUGCAUCUCUUGUCACAAGUCAGAUUAGGAAUGGAUCUAACAAAGGUGGUUCUUCCAACGUUUAUCCUGGAAAGAAGAUCACUGUUGGAAAUGUAUGCGGAUUUCUUUGCGCAUCCAGACUUGUUUGUCAGCAUUAGUGACCAGAAGGAUCCAAAAGAAAGAAUGGUUCAAGUGGUUAAAUGGUAUCUCUCAGCUUUUCAUGCGGGAAGAAAAGGGUCAGUUGCAAAAAAGCCUUACAAUCCCAUUCUGGGUGAGAUCUUCCGAUGCCACUGGGUGCUGCCAGGCACUGAAGGUGAAGAUGAUACGGAGCCAGUUUCAGAAGGACCAGUUCCGUGGGUCAGCAAAAGCAGCGUAACAUUUGUGGCAGAGCAGGUCUCUCACCAUCCUCCAAUUUCAGCAUUUUAUGCAGAGUGUUUUAACAAGAGGAUUCAAUUCAAUGCUCACAUAUGGACCAAGUCAAAAUUCUUAGGAAUGUCAAUUGGAGUUCAUAACAUAGGGCAAGGGUGUGUCACAUGCCUGGAUUAUGAUGAACACUAUAUUUUGACCUUUCCUAAUGGUUAUGGAAGGUCUAUUCUCACUGUGCCAUGGAUAGAGCUUGGUGGAGAAUGCAGUAUUAGCUGCUCAAAGACAGGCUAUAAUGCUUCCAUUGUCUUCCACACAAAACCAUUUUACGGAGGAAAGAAGCACAGAAUUACAGCUGAAAUCUUUUCUCCUAAUGACAAGAAACCCUUCUGCUCAGUUGAAGGAGAAUGGAAUGGUGUCAUGUAUGCAAAAUACUCAACUGGGGAGAAUACUGUCUUUAUAGAUACCAAGAAAAUGCCUAUAAUUAAGAAGAAGGUAAGGAAAUUGGAGGACCAAGAGGACUUUGAGUCUCGCUGCUUAUGGAAAGACGUGACCUACAACUUAAAAAUAAGAGACAUUGAUGCAGCUACAGCUGCAAAGCACGCACUUGAAGAAAGACAAAGAGCUGAAGCCAGAGCCAGAAAGGAGAAUGAGACCCCAUGGGAAACAAGGUUAUUCCAUGAAGAUGGAGAAUGCUGGGUUUACGAUGAGCCGCUACUGAAACGACUCGCUGCCAGUAAACACUGAGUGGGUUAGAAAAACAGAAAAUGUUCAGGCCUUGACUUAGCAGAGUUCACAUCUGAUACCAAGACAGUCAUCUGUUGUCACGUACGUAACGUUUGGAGCACCUGUCCCCUCCAGUUACAGUGGUUCCUAUCUCAGGGAUAGCGGACUUAGUGAUGCAGAUAAGCAACUAAACAAAACAGGAAAUGUCUUGGCUGCACGGUGACUUCUGUUGGACUCUGCUGGACUGGUAGUGUAUGCAGGCUGCUGGAGCCCUCCCACUGGUGCUUCUCGAGCAUCUGGGCUGUGACAUACACCUUGUAUAACCACUGUGAAGGCCUUGACAUUUGCUAUCAGAUGCGUUAUAUUCCCGUUUCUUCCACCCACUCUAAUCCUACUGCAACGUUCUUUCUUUGAGGAGAUGUAACUGCUAUUAAACAACCGCUACAGCACUGCAGGAAUGAUGCACAAGACAGCUGGAACAGAACAGCAGCCCCUGCCCUCCCACAGCUGGAGAAGGGAAAGCUCUCUUUUCUUUCCCACCGGAGGAUGGGGCUGUGUGGGGUUGUGACUGAUGGGAGGGGAGUGGGGGGGAGUGGUG